CUAAAUUGGUUUAGAUCUAUCGAAGAAAUCAUUCAAGCGUAGAUCAUUUUCUUUGUUUUGGUUCCUUUCUGAUGCUCCACUAGGGCAAAAUAUUUUUUGGCAUAUCGUAUGAGGUCUGGUUUUUGAUGGAGGAUUUACAUAAAAAUAGUAAUGAUUGUCAAAAUGUUAAAACGGAAAAGAUCUUGCCACGUGUUAUAAAAGUAGAAGAAACAAAUUGUUCAAUAUGUAGACGCGUAAGGAAGUUUUAUUCAUGUCGACAAUGCAGAGAAGUAGAUGGACAUAUGAGUUUCUUAACUCAAGAAAUUCCUUCAUCGCCAACUGGAAAGGAAAAACGGUUUCCUGGUUUUAUAUCAGGACUGGCGAAAUUUCAAGUUUCGGAAUUGAAGAAGAAACGUGUUACAUUGAGCGAAAAAGAAAAAUUAGUUAUAGAAGCCACUGAGACUCUCAGUCAAAGACAAAAAUUGAGGGCAGAUAUAAUCGAGACAAAACUGAGAAUAGAAACGUUAAAGAAGAUGCGUAGAAUCCAAAUUGAAGGGAUGAAAAAACUAGAAAUGGAAAAGAAAUCAGUUGAAUCAACGAUUGAUCAACUGCACAGAAGAUCUAAGAGAACCCAACUGAAAAAAUCAAAAAUCACUGAUUACAUGAAUACCAAGAAGUAUGUUGUGGAAAAGGUUCAUACAUCACUACAGAAACAGAGUAAAGAACUUGAAAUCAUUGGCAAACAACAAAUACAAGAUCUUGUGACUCAUAUUUUUCCAAUUGUUGGAAUAUCACAAGAUGAAACAUUUGAUAGUGACAAAUCUUCAGAUGAUGAACAUAACAAGGAAAAUUCAAUGAAUUUACUUGAAGAAGAGUUGGCAGAAGCCAGACGACUUUCUUUUGUACAUGGUAGAUGGAUAUAUGAUCAAAGAGAAGGACCUGACCUUGUUCGAUUAUCCAUCGCAUCUAGUAGGGUAAAUGCACCUGCAGAUGGAAAUUAUACAGCAUGUGAAGCAUGGUUGAAGUCAAUGUUGUUAUCUGCAUCUGUAACAUCCGAAUCCACUGAAACUUCAACAUCUUCAUCUAUUCAUCGUCCUGAACCCCACCGAUCAUCGGGUGCCAGUAUUUACGCAGCCUUGUGUCAUGCAACUCAUUUGAUGCAUACAAUACGAAAAAUAUUAUGCUUGCAUAUGCCUUAUAAACUGCAUUACAGACAGUUCAGUGUGGGUGAUAUGAAUGUUCAAGAAUUUCUGUGGAAUGUGCAUAAACUCAAUGGGAAUGUUCUUUCAUUUUGUCUUCGUAAUGGAGUUCAACCUCAACUAAUUCAUCCUUUGCAUACACUGCCCAAUAUCCAGAAUGCUAUACAAAUGUAUUUACAUAAUGGAAUCAGUACUUCUCAAUCAAUAUUAACUCCCGAGUUGAUUUCAUCAUUAGAAGAGGCUCUCGAGGAGAGCAGCGAUCCUCUACCCGAUGAUGACGAGAACAGGAUGGAGGAUUCUCUAUCUGAGUGGGAAAACUCACUUUCUGAAGAUUGGGAAUCUUUGAUACCAAAGCAGUCUUCACUUGCCCAUCAAUACACAUCUGCAGCUCCUUUCCAGUCUCAAGCCCAGUCUGUUGAUAUUAGUGAAUCACAGGGACUUGUAUCAAGUGCUGUUGCUUGGGUUACUAAAGGCUGGUGGAACAGAUAGCACUUGUUUAAUUUUGAGUCUUUUCUACAUUCAGUAUUACUAUGCCAGAGAUGAUUUUUAGAAAAAAAAAAUAGAGAACAUCAUAUAAUAUAUAUUGAUAUCAUUGUUAGAUUCUUCUCUAUAAUAUUUGGUGCUGCAAUGACUUAUUUGUCUAAAUAUUAAGAAUCAAUUUUUGCGAUUUAACCAGCUCUAUAUUGUUUGAUUUGAGUAUGGAUUGAACAAAUUCAGUUCUUUGUAUUUCUUACCGAAUUUAUCAGCUUGGUGUGAUUUAUUUUUGAGGCAGUAUGGCAUGGAUUUCUAGAUUUGAACUGUUGUUUUGUAAUUUAAAUUGUUCUGUCAAUAUUUCACUGUAUCUGUUUGUAUGGUUAUUAGUGUUUAGUGUGUUAACUUUCUUGGUAUUUGAAUUACUAUUGAUAACGUAAAGAAUAUGAAUUUGUACUAAUAAUACUGUUAGUUUUUAAUUGCAUAUUAAAUCCUAAUAAUAAUGCCUAUAU